AUGGCUUCAUUUGAUUUCCAAUCACUGUUUACGAAUGUUCCCGGUCGGGAGGUCAUACGUAUCAUGUGUGAUCAUGUGGAGCAAAACGAACUGAAAAUCGGUAUACCAGUAUCAGUUCUGGUACGACAAUUACUACUGUGCACAACAAACGUAUCGUUCUCCUUCCUUGGUUGGGCUUACAGACAAAUUGACGGUGUCGCAAUCGGAACUCCAUUGAGCCCCAUUCUGGCACAUCUGUUUUUGGCUCAUCUUGAGGAAAAGGCGAGCAAAAUCCUCGAACGUUCACAACUUUACAAACGAUACGUUGAUCAUGUUCUAGUCAUCACAAUAAGUCUAGAAGAGACAACAUGGAUUAUGGAUAAACUCGAUCGCCUGCAUCCGAAUAUACGAUUUACGAUGGAAACAGAAAUCGAAGAUACACUGCACUUCCUCGACAUUAAAAUGACUAGGAAUAAUGAUGGAACAAUGGCCAGAUCUGUUUACCGAAAAGAAACUUGGACAGGCCAAUGCUUGCAAUUUGACAGCUUUGUGUCUGUGGAAUAUGAACGUGGUCUGGUCCGAACACUAUUUCAAACAGCACGACAUAUCUGCACAGAAGACAUGAUUGACAACGAACUACGACAGCUGAAAGAAUCUUUGACUAGAAACGCUUAUCCCGAUGCGUUUAUCGAAAAGCACAGCAAGCCUAAAUUGAUCAGACAAACGAAUUGUUCAGCAGAAAAACUACUAGUCACCCUUUGUCUUCCAUUCAUACGUGAUGACAUCAAUUGCUUGCUCAAACGACCACUUGGAUCAGCGCUUGCCCAAAACAAAUAUUAUGCACCUGACCUCAGAAUUAUUCAUCGAACGAUUGAGAUCCCCACACCCUCGGUGAAACAACGUCCACCUCUGUACACCAAAUCGAAUCUGAUUUACCAAUUUCAGUGUAGUUGCGGAGCAACCUACGUGGGUCGAACAGAGCGCCAGUUACGUAACCGAGUGAUUGAAUAUAUUCCAAAUUGGGUACAACGUUUUGUGAUGCAAUCAGGGUCAGAUCAAAGGCAUAAUGACAACGUUCGAAACCAUAAGAUCCCGUCGUCGGCUGUCGGCCGUCGGCCGUCGGCCGUCGCUCGUCAUCUUCUGAUGACGCAACAUCCAGCUGACCGAAGCACUGCGUUUCGGGUCAUUUACGUGGCAAAGAAUACCAGGCUUUUGAGACAAAUUGACGGUGUCGCAAUCGGAACUCCAUUGAGCCCCAUUCUGGCACAUAUGUUUUUGGCUCAUCUUGAGGAAAAGGCGAGCAAAAUCCUCGAACGUUCACAACUUUACAAACGAUACGUUGAUCAUGUUCUAGUCAUCACAAUAAGUCUAGAAGAGACAACAUGGAUUAUGGAUAAACUCGAUCGCCUGCAUCCGAAUAUACGAUUUACGAUGGAAACAGAAAUCGAAGAUACACUGCACUUCCUCGACAUUAAAAUGACUAGGAAUAAUGAUGGAACAAUGGCCAGAUCUGUUUACCGAAAAGAAACUUGGACAGGCCAAUGCUUGCAAUUUGACAGCUUUGUGUCUGUGGAAUAUGAACGUGGUCUGGUCCGAACACUAUUUCAAACAGCACGACAUAUCUGCACAGAAGACAUGAUUGACAACGAACUACGACAGCUGAAAGAAUCUUUGACUAGAAACGCUUAUCCCGAUGCGUUUAUCGAAAAGCACAGCAAGCCUAAAUUGAUCAGACAAACGAAUUGUUCAGCAGAAAAACUACUAGUCACCAUUUGUCUUCCAUUCAUACGUGAUGACAUCAAUUGCUUGCUCAAACGACCACUUGGAUCAGCGCUUGCCCAAAACAAAUAUUAUGCACCUGACCUCAGAAUUAUUCAUCGAACGAUUGAGAUCCCCACACCCUCGGUGAAACAACGUCCACCUCUGUACACCAAAUCGAAUCUGAUUUACCAAUUUCAGUGUAGUUGCGGAGCAACGUACGUGGGUCGAACAGAGCGCCAGUUACGUAACCGAGUGAUUGAAUAUAUUCCAAAUUGGGUACAACGUUUUGUGAUGCAAUCAGGGUCAGAUCAAAGGCAUAAUGACAACGUUCGAAACCAUAAGAUCCCGUCGUCGGCUGUCGGCCGUCGGCCGUCGGCCGUCGCUCGUCAUCUUCUGAUGACGCAACAUCCAGCUGACCGAAGCACUGCGUUUCGGGUCAUUUACGUGGCAAAGAAUACCAGGCUUUUGAGACAAAUUGACGGUGUCGCAAUCGGAACUCCAUUGAGCCCCAUUCUGGCACAUCUGUUUUUGGCUCAUCUUGAGGAAAAGGCGAGCAAAAUCCUCGAACGUUCACAACUUUACAAACGAUACGUUGAUCAUGUUCUAGUCAUCACAAUAAGUCUAGAAGAGACAACAUGGAUUAUGGAUAAACUCGAUCGCCUGCAUCCGAAUAUACGAUUUACGAUGGAAACAGAAAUCGAAGAUACACUGCACUUCCUCGACAUUAAAAUGACUAGGAAUAAUGAUGGAACAAUGGCCAGAUCUGUUUACCGAAAAGAAACUUGGACAGGCCAAUGCUUGCAAUUUGACAGCUUUGUGUCUGUGGAAUAUGAACGUGGUCUGGUCCGAACACUAUUUCAAACAGCACGACAUAUCUGCACAUAA